AGACGCUGACGAAGGCAAUAAUGCCAAGAUCACCUAUUCAAUGGAAGGCUCAGAAUCCUCGGCUUUCGUAAUAAACCUGUCAAAUGGGAAAAUAACUACAAAAUCAACGCUAGACUACGAGACGAAGAAAUCUUAUCAGUUUCAAGUGGUAGCAACAGACGGGGGACAACCUGCGCAAAAUGGGACAACGAUGGUAACUGUGAAUGUUGUGGAUGUUAAUGAUAAUAGACCGAAAUUUGGUGGGCCAUAUGUUGAAAGUAUUCCUGAAGAUAAGCCUGUUGGUCAGAGCGUAAUCACUGUGAACGCAACGGAUGAUGAUUCAGGGCCUCGGGGGGAUAUCCGGUACUCGAUUGUUGGUGGUAAUAUUGGCACUGCCUUUGCGAUCAUAGAUGCAAGGUCUGGAGUGAUCACUGUCAAGUCUCCGCUGGAUCGUGAAACCAGGUGAAAAUAUAUUUGCAAAAACAAUCUUUCUAGGAGAAACAUGGCUAUAAGAAACAAUGUUUAAGGGUUUGUCCACCUUUGGGAAGAAUGGCUGGGAAACAAUGUUUCCUGGUUUGUCCACCUUUGGGAAACAUGGCUAGGAAACAAUAUCUCCUGGUUUGUCCGCCUUCGGGAAACAUGGCUAAGAAACAAUGUUUCCUUGUUUGUCCACCUCCGGGAAACAUGGCUAGGAAACAAUGUUUCCUGGUUUGCCCACCUUUGUGAAACAUGGCUAGGAAACAAUAUUUCCUGGUUUGCCCACCUUAAGGAAACAUGGCUAGGAAGCAAAGUUUCCUGGUUUUGCCUGUCUCUUACAUACUAUGAGCUGUACAAAAGGAGGAAUGACUGACAACCACAGGAUUAUUAAUGGUGAUCCAAUUGUUCUCUUUAGCUCUGCCUACAAACUAACUGUUCAAGCAUCAGACCGAGGGUCGCCAUCAAUGAACGCCCGAGCUACGGUUACCAUAACAAUUACUGACGUCAACGAUAACUCUCCAAUCUUCCAAGGAUUGCCCUACAGGAGAUCCAUCCCGGAAGAUUUUUCUACCUCCGACGUUAUUCUUCAGGUACGAAUCUCGUAUCAUAGUAUAGUGGCCGGCUUUAGAAAUGGUGAUACGAAAAUCAAACUAUGUUUCGUGAUUCUAUUUAUUUGCCAUCAACUGGACGAUAGUGCUUGGUGAAACCAGAGUCAAAGGAGUUAGUCGCUUCGCCAUGCACAAAUCUUUUGAAAUUUUUCCUAUUAAUAUUUCAAUAGUAUGUUUGAGUGAAUCUGCGAGGCGAUACUGUUAGAUGAUUGCUUCAUCGUGCAAAAAAAUUUUUACCGUGCAGAAAUUUGAAAAAAAUAUGAACAAAAAGAUGCAGAAAAGACUUUCAGACCACAUGUUCAUUGACUACGGUGAAACGCUAUUAUAUUUAAAUUGGUUUUAACCAAUUAUUUUGUAUAUUUUAUAAGGUAACUGCAACAGACAAAGAUGCUGGCACGCUUGGUAAAGUAUCUUAUAGUAUAAAAUCACCUCAGAUUGCUAAAGAAACAUUCAGCAUUGAUAAAAACAACGGUAAUUUGAGCAUCAUUGUUGUUGUUUUGUAUUUCUGUUUGUAGCUUUGAUAGUUAGUGAGUUCUGAUAGUGCUUAGUGAAACCUAUCUAUGUAUAAUUUUGAAAUAUAUAACGAAACAAGGUUUAAAUCGAGAAUUAAUUGACUCCUUAUUGUUUUUAGGAAAUAUUCGCUUAAUAAAAAGCCUGGACUAUGAGCAAAAGCAAGGCUACACUUUCACGAUUGUUGCACGUGAUGGUGGUGGCAAAGAAACUACAGCGACAGUUCAAAUUUACGUUACUGACGUGAACGAUAAUGCGCCAGUAUUCGAGAAUGACCCAUACCGCGCAGACGUCGCAGAAAAUGCUAAAAUUGGUCACUUGGUUGGUACAGUGAUAGCUAAAGACGUGGACUCAGGCCCCUUCGGUCGUGUCACGUAUUCAAUCACUAAUGGAAAUACUGGGAAAGCAUUUCGAAUUGACGCUGCUGGUAGGUUGAAUAUUUUUUGUUGGUCCUUUCGAAUAUUUAUACAAAGUCGUUUUUAAAGGAAGAACAUUUGAACUGAGAGAACUUUUCAGUGUAAAUAAAUUUAGUGUACUGUUUAGGCGUUUUCUAAAGUAGUAAUACUGGAGGAUCAAGUAGGGAUCUCGGAACCUCUAGGGAGAACAAUUUGAAAUUAAGAGAAUUUUUCAAUAUUAUUUCAGUUUUGGUUGCCUUCUGUAGUAGCACUGGACAAUAAAGUCUGGUUGUCAAAGUUUUUGUGUUCACAGUAAGAAUUUGUAUUAGGGGAAUUCUACUAGGAGAUUUGUAAGAAAUCUUGAGGGAAAUCACUCAUGUUAAACACUAAGUGAGUUCCCUCAAACAUUUCUUAUAAAUCUUCUAAAACUUAGAGUUCACCUAUGCAAAAUUCUUACUGUCAUCACAGAAACUUUGAUAGUGUACACCAGACUUAAGAGUUCGCUGAGAACAGUUUAGAAUUUAAUCCUAACCCAUCUUCAUGACAGGACGUGUAACGAUCAUGUCAAGUUUGGAUCGCGAAACUCUUCAGAAAUACACCCUGACCAUCAGAGCGCAGGACGAUGGCCAACCCGCGAAAUCUUCUACAACUACAUUCACCAUCACCGUCACGGACAUCAAUGAUAACAAACCAACCUUUGGACGAGACUCGUAUUCGUUCAACAUUGCUGAAAACAACGCAGUGAAUGCUGUGGUAGGCAAACUCGGACAGGCUACUGACGAAGACGCGGGGAAUAAUGCAAAAAUCGUUUAUUCCAUUGUAAGCGGAAAUGUAAACACGGCGUUCGAGUUUAAAACAAACGGAGACCUUAUUGCAAAGAAGAGACUGGACAGGGAAGACAUAGCUUCGUAUUCGCUUGUGAUCGAGGCUAAGGAUCAAGGAAAUCCUUCUUUAUCCACCACAGUUCCUGUCAAAGUUGUUGUUGACGACAAAAAUGAUAAUGCUCCAAAGUUUACGGAGAAGGCUUAUAGUUGCAGUAUUGAUGAGAACUCCGCGAGUAACUCUCGUGUCUGUUUUGUUCGCGCUACUGAUGCAGAUAUUGGGAAGAAUGGAGAGGUUGUUUAUGAGUUGGUUUCUUCAAGUAACGAGUUCAGUGUUUCACAGGUUAGUAAACCAAUUUGUUUGUUGAAUGACUUUCUACAUAUAGAUUAGAUACCCAGAAAUAACGUUUUUCAUUCGUAAACAGCCAUGGAUCAUAGUAGUUUAUAUAGGCCGUUUAUAUUCGUUUAUUAUAUAGGCCGUUUAUAUAUACAACUUUUACCACCGUUUUAGGUGCGAUUUUCUUCUUCUGAUUCAUGUAAACGUCAGUGCAUGAGUUAGGAAUCCUCAGAUGAGGGUGCGUCAGUGGGAAGAGGUUAUUUUGCUGACCUCAGAAUGACACUUCGUCAAAACUUUUUUCUUCAAGAUUGGUUUAGAAACAAACUUGGAGUAGGGUUAGGUUAGGAUUACGGUUAGGGUUAGAGUUGGUGUUUGGAAUAGGGUUAGUGUUAGUGUUAGUAAAACCAUUGUUUUGUUACGUUUUGUCACUCUGAGGACAGUAAAAUAACCUCUUAUAUCAGUAUAGGUUUUCCACUCAGAACAUUCAUAACUCAUCUACUCUGACUACUCGUUCACAUGCAUCAGCAGAAGGAAAUCGUACUAGUAAUCUGAAUAAUCAAACAUCUUAUUUGCACAUUCGUGUAGAACGGUGGCGAAAUAAUGACAACAGUAUCGCUGGACAGAGAGACGACGCCUUCAUAUACGUUGAGAAUCCGCGCGAAAGAUCUUGGCGACCCUACGAUGAACUCAAUUGUAACAGUAACUGUUACAGUUGUUGAUAAAAACGACCAUGAACCAAAAUAUGAUCAAGACUAUAGUUUCCAAGUGAAAGAAAAUGCUACUGUGAAUACCAGAGUUGGUCAAGUGAGUGCAAGCGAUGCUGACGAAGGCUUGAACGGAAAGGUUGUUUACGACAUCACUGGAGGAAACACAAAAUCCGCGUAAGUAUUUUCUAUAUGCAGUAGUUUUAUACUAACAAAUACCCAUACGCCUGUAUGCUAAAAGCUCACUCACACUCACACUGAAAGAGUGGAGGUUCAAUCUGAGCUUCCCUUGAGUGUCAAUGCUGUUUUUGAAUAACUGGAGAGUGAGUAAUAACAGUAAAAAACUGAUACAUUACAUGAAGGGUGAAAUAGCAUGAACGAAUCUUAGGACCUGCUGAAAAUGUAGCCUUCAUUUUAUGAAUAUUUCCGCAUCUAAAUGGUCUUAUCAUUCUUUGUCUAGCUUUUCCAUCGAUAAAAACACCGGAGUUAUUUCAGUGAAAUCUGGGUUAGAUCGCGAAACUGUGGCGAAUUAUAAACUGGUCAUUCGUGCAUCAGAUCAGGGAACCUCUGUGUUAUCCUCCAGUAAGGUCGUUCCAAUCAAGAUCCUGGACGUCAAUGACAAUCCUCCCAUAUUCACAAAGUCACCAUAUUUUGGUGAAAUCGCAGAAGAUGCUGCCGUGGGAUCUCGUGUUGUACAGGUUAGACUGUUUAUCUUGCAGUACAACAAUUGUGAUAUUACUUUCCUAACUAUGUUUAUCCUAACCGAUCCUGUCAACUUUCCCUGUGGGAGGAAACCAGAGCACCCGGAGAAAAUCCACGACUUUUGGCAGAGCGUUGACUGACUCUUUUCACACGAGUCCGUAGCGAGAAUCGAACCCGCGAACUCAGAGGUGAAGUGCACUGCGACACUAAAACCCCACUGCUGUUGUAAUUCCCAAACGUCCUAUAUUUUUACAGGUAAAAGCAACUGACAAAGACGAAGGGGUAAACAGUGAAAUCAAGUACAGUAUAACUGGCGGAGAUCGGAAAAAUAAUUUUACAAUUAAUGAAGAUUCUGGUUUGAUAACGACUGCAACGAAACUCGAUUAUGAAACCGAUAAAUCGUACCAACUUACUGUCACGGGUAUGCUAUAGUUACAUCUCAAACUCGUUAAUAAUUUCUGAGUAAAUUAGCCAACCAUAUUGCUUGAUUUUGCUCACAUGAUAAUACUGGAUAUCUGGUGAAGUAUAUACUGAUCCAGUAUAUCCAGAUGAAGGAAACUGAUCCGAUUUAGUCCAGUUCUCAUAGUUGGAUUUGAAAUAUUACAUGGUACUGAAUGAUUGGAAAGUCUAGGGUUAGAAAUUGUCUUCGAUUUGUGUGGCCCAUAAAGUUAACAUAUGUAUGAACUGAAAUUUACAUUGCUUGAUGUCACCAUGGUUGUUAUAAGACCUGGUUAGGAAACCCGGCAAACUUUAAAGAAAUUACGCUAUAAACAAACAUGGAGGUUGAACAGUCUGUUUGACCUGCACAUAUUGGUUUUAAUCGAUGAGAAUUGACCAAACGUAACACAAACAUUCUCCAUCGAAAAAUGGUAGUAAUACUUCGUGAUUGGCAAGAUAUAUGCCGUACGAUAUAGCUCUGGUAGGCGAAACAAACAGUUGGUACCCAUUCCUUACGCCAAGCUGUCUGAACUGACUAUUGUCAAAACAAUAGAAAGACAAAGGAUUUUUCAACCGUGACCCUGCACAAGGUACACAAUCACCUAAAACAAAGGGUUUCCAAACCAUGUCAUAUAUAUUAACUAUGAUGUCACAUUGUCACGCUAAAGAGACUGUCGAAGUCUCUGGGGUCACAGUAGGAAUUUUGCAUAGGGUUUGAGCGAACUGACAAUUGAAAGUAUUUUACACUGAGUCAAUUUCCUCACACAUUUCUGAUAAAUCCUUAAAACUUACCUACUCUAUGGAAAGUUCCUACUGUGAUCACAGAAACUUUGAUAGUAUUAUGAAAAGCUCAUUCCUUAAGAAAUCUCAUAAACAUUCAUAUAUAUAUAUAUUUAUUUCAGCCACCGAUCAAGGUAACCCAACGAGGACAAGCACAUGUCAAGUCAACAUUACAGUGAAAAACACGAACGACAACGCUCCCACAUUUGUCCCUGGAUCUCCCAUCGUAUACGUCAGCGAGGCCGUUGCCAUAGGAACUAAAGUGGUAAAGUUCAACGCGACAGAUGAGGAUGGAAAUAGCCUCUCUUUUUCCAUUUCUGAAGGCAACACAAACGAUGAUUUUGCUGUUGAUAAGGAUACCGGACUUCUGACAACAAAGAGAAAAUUGGAUCGGGAAAAAAUACCUCGGUAUAAUCUGACUGUCACCGUGACAGAGUCCAAUACCAGAGCCACAGGGCAAUCCAGUUCACAGAAUCUUAGUGUUAUUGUGACGGACGAGAAUGAUAACGGGCCUGUGUUUGAACCGAAAGAGUACGCUAAAGAUAUAGAUGAGAAUACACCUGCAGCUAGGCUAAUGUACCGUUUGGCAGGUAGGCUAACUCGCGGGCUGAGGGAUAGCGAUUUUUUAAAGUUUUUCAAAACAGACCAUUGGGGCAUCGGUUUGAUUGGUUAAUGCUAAUUAGUUUCACAGCUUUUCAGACAUUUUUGCAAAAGUUGGAAAGGUUUGCCGUGGUUUGUGCCAGAACUUCUUAAAAAAAUAAAAGCAUAACGACGUUUAUAGCGAAGGCCAUUCGUGUUCGCGUUUUCUUUGCUCAUAAGUUAUUACUGAGUUUGAGAAGUUCUAUUAGGCCUGGAUAUUUAAAAAAAAUUAAUUAUUUCUUUAGGAGCUUUAUUGACCGUGAAAGCAACGGACGCAGAUGCGGGAAAGAACGCUGAAAUAACUUUCUCCUUGGACAGUAUUUCAACUAAAAAAUUCACCAUCGACAGCACAACUGGUCUCAUCUCGACCAAAAUACCACUGGACCAUGAAGAAAAGUCUAAUUAUGACAUUACUGUGACCGCGCGGGACUCUGGGACGCCUUCGUUGUCCUCGGCAGCAAAAGUUCAAGUGACGGUGAAUGACUUGAACGACAACAAGCCACGUUUCACGAAGGAUUACACGACAACGCUUCGUGAAAAUACAGCGAAGGGAAGGACCGUGCUACGAGUAGAAGCCAGUGACCCUGACUCGGGCGAGAAUGGAAAGAUUAAUUAUACGAUAACAUCAGGCAACGAUUUAGGAUAUUUCACCAUUGACGCAGUCAAGGGGAUCAUAAGCGUUGAAAUACCACCUGACAGAGAGCAAUACCCCUCAUUUACCCUAAAUAUACGUGCUACUAACAAACCAGCCUUCGUCCCAUCGACUCCGUCAGCCAAAACAGACUGUUCUGUCGUUAUUACCAUCGAAGAUGCUAAUGAUAACCGGCCUAACAUAACCAAUACAAUCACUACGGUUCAAGUUGAGGAGAAUUCUCCCGUCAAUACCCAAGUACUUGAUGUAAACGCCACUGAUGCGGACAUCGGGGUUAAUGGGGAGAUUGUGUACGAGAUUGUUCAAGGGAAUAUUAACAAUGCGUUCAAGAUUGUUCCUGAUAGUGGCGUCAUUUCCACGCGUGGCGCGAUAGACCGCGAGGCAAUUGCCAGUUACACAUUAAAGGUUCAGGUAACCGAUAAAGGUAGCCCGGAAUUGUUUUCUACAAAAGAUUUUGUCGUGGACGUUUCUGAUCUCGAUGAUAAUCCUCCAGUCUUUAACCCUACUGUUUAUGACGGUGAGUUUUGAAAUACUUUGUUUUAUUACGUGUAUUGGUACUUCCAGUUUGAUUCUACCAAACACCACAGGUUUUUGUCAUCAGGCACAACGUAAGUUAAUUAAGUUUAGGUUUCCUCCUGUAGCACCAAGAAAGAUAGAUCCGUUACUAGUUUCGGACAGAUGAAGCUAUCCAUAUGAAUGAAGUUAGUUUAGAUUAAUAGGUUUUUCCUGUAACAACACUGGACAAAUUAGGGAUUUACUGGACCUCUGGGAAGAAUAGUUUGGAACUGGUAGAGCUAUCCAAUAUAAAUAACGUUUAGUAUAGAUUAGUUUAGACUUCGUUGUAACAUUAGACUAAUAAUGAAAGGUUCUUGCUGGAUCUCUAGGGAAAACUGAUGGACCUAUCAACCUUUGUCAGAAUUGAAAAGCCAUUCAGUCUAAUAACCACGAUUUUCUUUAACUGUUUUUAGAAUCGGUACCCGAGUCAGCAAAUCUGAGUACGAUAGUUGUUCGUCUCUUAGCAACAGACAAGGAUAUUGGUAACAACGCAAAGAUCAGAUACUCAAUUGCUUCGGGCAACGAUGAAGACCACUUCAACAUUGACAGUGACAAAGGCGAGAUCUAUACCAGCGCUGUAUUGGAUUAUGAGAAACUCAAAGAAUAUACACUUGUUGUGGAGGCAAAAGACACGAAACAUACGGCCCAGGCGGAUGUUACCAUAAGAGUCGAGGAUAUUAAUGACAAUCUUCCAGUAUUCAAACCAAGUUCGUAUAAAAUUAGCAUCCCCGAAAACCAGGGAUUAGGCAAAACAAUUGUGAAUGUCAAUGCCACAGAUAAAGAUCCAUUUGGCGGGCUUACCUACAGCUUACACUCUCCUAACAAUAUGUUUACGGUUGACCCGGCAAGCGGAAAGAUAAGUGCGGUUUCCGAACUUGACCGAGAAACCACCGACUAUUAUAACCUUACCGUACGAGCGACCGACGGGGGCUCUCCGGCUCUUUCCGACACCGCUGUCGUAGAGAUUCUUAUUACGGACAUAAACGACAACCGUCCGAUCUUCAAUUCGUCCCAAGAAGAUAUUUCUGUGCUGGAGAAUUCGCCGGUUGGAAAAGUUUUGCUCAAAGUAGCGGCCACGGAUGCGGAUAUCGGCGUAAACGCGGAGCUGCGGUACAAAAUUACGGGCGGCAAUGAAGCGGGCAAGUUUAAAUUGGAUGCAGUCUCUGGUAAUCUUAGUGUCUCUGGAGAUAUUGAUCGUGAAAAAGUUGACGCUUACAGGUGAGAAUUAUAACUGUUUAAAAUUUCUUCGUACUCGUCCGAUUAUGAUUUCACCUCAAUCGCAUGUGAGGGGAAUGAUUCCAGUUUGAAUCUAAGAAACAUCGCAGUUUAGUUUAAGUUUCCUCCUGCAUGCAGUAACACUGCAUCAUUAUGAUUUUUACUGGACUUCUAGGGAGAACAGUUUAGAACUUAUAGAGCUGUUCGGUAUAAAUACAAUUAGUUUAGUUUAGGUUUUCUCCUGUAGUAACACUGGAUCAAUAAGAGAUGAUUUUUACUGGACUUCUAGGGAGAACAGUUUAGAACUGUUAGAGCUAUCCAGUAUAAAUAAAAUUAGUUUAGUUUAUGUUUCCUCCUACAGUAACACUGCAUCAAUAUGAUUUUUACUGGACGUUUAGGGAGAACAGUUUAGAACUGAUAGAGCUGUUCGGUAUAAAUAAAAUUAGUUUAGUUUAGGUUUUCUCCUGUAGUAACACUGGAUCAAUAAGAGAUGAUUUUUACUGGACUUCUAGGGAGAACAGUUUAGAACUGUUAGAGCUAUCCAGUAUAAAUAAAAUUAGUUUAGUUUAUGUUUCCUCCUACAGUAACACUGCAUCAAUAUGAUUUUUACUGGACGUUUAGGGAGAACAGUUUAGAACUGAUAGAGCUGUUCGGUAUAAAUAAAAUUAGUUUAGUUUAGGUUUUCUCCUGUAGUAACACUGGAUCAAUAAGAGAUGAUUUUUACUGGACUUCUAGGGAGAACAGUUUAGAACUGUUAGAGCUAUCCAGUAUAAAUAAAAUUAGUUUAGUUUAUGUUUCCUCCUACAGUAACACUGCAUCAAUAUGAUUUUUACUGGACGUUUAGGGAGAACAGUUUAGAACUGAUAGAGCUGUUCGGUAUAAAUAAAAUUAGUUUAGUUUAGGUUUUCUCCUGUAGUAACACUGGAUCAAUAAGAGAUGAUUUUUACUGGACUUCUAGGGAGAACAGUUUAGAACUGUUAGAGCUAUCCAGUAUAAAUAAAAUUAGUUUAGUUUAUGUUUCCUCCUGCAGUAACACGGGGCUAUCAAUGAAUCGCUCUUAAGAGAACAGUUUAGGACUGAUAAAGCUAUCCAAUGUAAAUAAAGUUAGUUAAGUUAACUUUAAAAUACUUUCAUUAAAUUCACUAGCUUGGAAAUCGUGGCUCAAGAUCAAGGCAAGCCAUAUCGUCAAUCAACACCACUGGUAGUCGCCAUCAAGGUUCUGGACGAAAAUGACAACGAUCCUGUCUUUACUAAGAGCAGAUACGAGCAAAAUAUUACAGAGAAUUUAUCGAGCGGGGCUUUUGUCAAGGAGGUUGAGGCGACUGACGCUGAUAUUGGCGCCAAUGGACGGGUGACCUAUGCCAUCCUAAGUGGUGCAGAGGGAUAUUUCAGGAUAGACAAUGAUACAGGUAUUUGUAUACGAGUGUAACACGGGGCAAAUGAGAAUUACGUAAUACCCUGCUGACCAACCAUCAAUAUUGACACGGCUUGUCCUCAACAGCAUCACUUGAGAAAAUUUAGGGAACUUGUAUGUUUGUAUGAAAAAUUGAUAUGUCUUUCUUUAAAAAGGUAUUGUUGAAACAACCAAGCCACUAGACCGUGAAGAUAUCGCCUCAUUCCUCAUCACAAUUGAAGCAAGAGAUCAAGGAAAUCCCUCACGAAACUCGACGACACUUUUACAAGUGAACGUUCUUGACCUGAACGACAACUCUCCCAGGCUGGACACCAUCGUGGCGAACGUUACCGAAGAGCAGCCGAAGGGUGAGUUCGUGACACGAAUCGUGGCGAUAGAUCCCGACCAAGGCAGGAACGGGGAAGUCGAGUAUAGUUUGACCAUCAGAGGAAAUCAGUCCCUCAAGAUUGACGCGAAAACAGGAGACGUGAUCACUCGAGUGACAUUCGAUUACGAAGAACAGAAGAAUCAUACGUUCCAAAUUAUCGCAACUGAUAAAGGUGAAUAAAACUUCCCUGUAAUACAAUUAAACUUCUCUAAUACGAACACCGAAUGUUAAGAUCAAAGUAGCAAACUUUCCGUAAGGAGAUAUCCUAUUAUGAUGACGUCACUCUUAAGACUCGUUUACUCCAGUUCCUGAAUAAUUUCAAUUUCUAAAGCGGACAUUUCACAGGCUACUGAUCACUGGCCUCACACUUCAUUGAAAAUAUUGCGCACCCGAUGAGUCAAAGCUGUUAUAUCGGGGCUGUUUGGCAUCAUUUGAAAACAGAAAAUUUUGCAUUAAAUUAAGCAAAUUUUGCAUAAAAUUAAGCAAAGUGCAAUCGCGAAAAAAUACCGAUAUAUCGGUAUUAUCGGUAUUUUUUUCCGGUAUCGGUUUUCGUUUUUUUUCAAAUACCGCAACAGCCUACCGGCUGAAUUCAGCACAUAUAGAUCUCAUGGUAGUCGUGUAUAAAUACACGAACUUGUGGUUAGCUUUUGACAACUGGACUCUGUAACUCAGGCCUGUUUUAUACGUAGAAUUUUGGUCACGUCGAAUGCAAUUCAAACAAUUAAUAGAUAAUGAAGCUUGCCACAGAUUCGAUUCCGUUGUUGUACAUGAGUUGGAGUAAGCCUGAGCAGCAAGCGAACAUGUCAUAAAUUUCAAUAUUUUUAAAAUCGUUUUCGUUUCGUUUUCUUCACAAAUACAAUAUUCAAUAACUUUAGAUUUUCUAAUCAAACGUUGAGUUUGUACCAUUUUUUUGGCAGGCAACCCACCGCUCUCUACCACAGCUGAUUUGAUAAUCAACGUUCUUGAUAUCGAUGAUAACUGUCCUGUGUUCAAUCCUAAGGAAUAUAAUGUGACUAUCCAGGAAAAUGUGCCUUACGGGACGCCUAUAGUACAUGUGAAUGCCACAGAUGUUGAUACUGUGGGGGCAAAGUUAGAAUAUGGUAUUCGAAGUGGAAACACGGCCGACACAUUCACAAUUCACCGAUAUAAGGGUGAGGGUCUUUUUCCUUGUAUCUAUACUGGAACGCUCUAUCAGUUCUAAAAUGUUCUCCCUAGAUGAUGCAGUAAAUAACACAUCUUAUAUUGGUCCCAGUUUACUACACAGAAGUAAACAGGAGUACUCUGCGAAAACCUGCGCUGUUUAGUCAAACUUGGAGUAUUCUUAUUAUUUAUUUUUAUUAUUGUUAUUAUUAUAUAGUAUUCCAUAAGCUUUUCAUUAUUACAUUAUAAUAUUGCACAGCUUUAUAGUUGAAAAAGUUGUUUUAGCAGUUACUGGCAACUAGAAAAUUUAUUCAGAAAUGAGUUAUUUUCACGAAUGAAAUCUUCGGUAAUUUAUUUUUGAAAACUCUCUCGGAGAUCGUGCGAUUUUUCUCCCAUGCAACUGAGGUGAAAUUAUAAUCCGACAAGCUUCUCCUGGUUUAGGUCUGAAAAAUUGUAUAUAGUCUUUCGCCCUAAGUUUCCAUUUGCAAAAACCACAUUAAGUUCUAUCGGGGAAGAUAUCCAAAAUAAAACAACUGUAUGUUGCACGAAACGCAUUCCAAUCGCUUAACGUGGAGAAAAUAAUCCUUCGAAACAACGAAUGUUGACGAGAUUGUUAUGGAAUUCAACAUUGUUUGUUUUUAAUGAUUUCCUUAGGUAUACUACAGGCAGGACGUUCUGUGGAUCGCGAAACAGCAGCGGAAUAUAAUCUGAUCGUUCGAGCUGGCCAUGAUUAUUGUGGUGUAAACAGAACAGGGAUUGAUAUUGGUACGGAAAUUGAAUUUAUGGCACAUUUACUAGGUUCAGUAUAGGUUGUAUUUCAUAUUCAGCUGUCGAAAUUUGCGUUUGUCAGCUCAUCGUGAGUUUGGCAAAUACAACGUCAACAUCAAUGAAGACGUCCUUAUCAACAAUAGCGUUUUUACUCUAAGACAAACACGACUAUAAAUUGUAUUCCCUUGAGCAUUCUAGCACAGCGUAGUUGUUCAAACUGUUAUGUUAUUUACAUCAUUUCACGAAAGGAGACUGCCGUUGGCAAACGACGAGCGAGGCACCCUUCACCAUGCACAGUCAAUUUGCAAGAAUCUCCCAUUAAGUUGGUAAAAAAUAUACUUUUCAAUAAAUUUUAUUGUGAUUAAUUUGGUUUUUUCUUCAAAGAUGAAAGUGUCGAAUCGGAAUUGUCAAAAUCCAUUGCAAAAGUGAACAUUUUCUUGACCGACCUGAACGACAAUGCUCCGAAGUUCCUGAGCCGUGAAGAUUCGUACGAGUAUGAACUGAAAGAUAUCUACAUUAAUUCCUUGUUGUGGUUGAAUGCAACCGAUCCCGACGAAGGAAUAAAUGCCGAGUUUGACUUUGGAUUGCAUGGAGUAACUAGGGUAAGUGGAGGAUUAAGUAGAGUAUAAAGCAGGAGUAUCUAGGAUAAGUGGGGGAAUUGUAGGCGAGGAAAGGUCUAAGCCAACAAAGGUCGCUUUUCGCGAACAAAUUCACCUAGUGGAAAACCGGCUUCAGAUGCAAGGAAAGACGGUUAGCAUUCCUUAUCUUUAAUUAUUUAAUUUGCAGAAUCAGCAGAAGCGUACGUUGGUUGUGACAGCCACGGACAAAGGGACUCCGUCCAUGUCAUCAAAUACUACAUUGGAUGUGACUGGGUUAGUACGCAUGCGUGUGAUAUAAUAUAUCAUACACCAGGGGCCGGUUGUUCAAAGCUGGGUUAGCUUAACCCUAGGUUAACUUAAAAUUCAACGCAAACUUCCUGACAGCUUGUCUAUAAAUUUAGAAAUAUUUUUUCAGAAAUCUUGUCUGGAUCGAUAGGAGUUUUCACCUCUGAAGUUUUGAAAUAAACAGACGUGUAGAGAUACAUAAACUACAAUUAUUAUUUUCAGCGGGUUAAAUUUUAACCCAGGGUUAGCGCUAAGCCGCUAACCCACCUUUGAACAACCAGCCCCAGAAGUUGAAUUCCAAAAGCUGAGAGUCAUGACUGUGUUACCAAGACAACGAUACGGUGUUCAUUCCCUUCGUGUUUUGCUCUUGAGUGUUAAAAACUGACAUGUGAAGAUUCCUAAUAUCCCAUUCUUCUUUUUUCAGAAUAAAAUGUGAAGCAAUGCGUUUCUCUGUGUCACUCGUGGUCAUGUCACUGUGAAAACUCUCUGUGAAUUUAAUAAAAUUGUGGUGCCUAAAGAUGCCUUGGUCGAGGAAUCUGCAACUGUAAGUAACUGUUUGGUUAAGUUUUUGCAAAUGUUUUUAGUGAAUUUGCUAUUUUUAAAUUUUUUUACUCUAUUAUUUUAUUUCAUUCAGUAAUUUAUUUUUCAAUCCAACCGGUUUAAAGUUUUAGUCGAUGGUUGCGUGCGCUUUCAAUGACAGAAAAAGGUUUGUUUCACUAAAAUAAUGUUUCUGUUUCCUUAGUUCAACUGCAGUGCACAAGGUAACACGGUCCCAGAAUACAGAUGGUUUCGAAACAGCGUGCCUAUCACGGAUUGGUUAAAAAAUGGGGAAUAUUUCAUCAAAAGUUUAACGAAGAAUGACGAAGGUUUUUAUUCAUGUAUCGCAUCCAGUGAAGCGGGAAAUAUUCUAUCUGAGUUACAUAAGUUUACCGUAAGAGGUUAGUACAUGAAGGUUAUAAUGGAGGAUUAUAAUUUAAUAAACCUGUUGGUUCUUAUACCACAUGCAAAGGCUUGAAACUAACAACAGAAUGGAAAGACAACUGCAAAAAUAGAAGAAUACGACAGCUUCAAGUUGAGGCCACAUGGAGUCGGGCUGAUACGGUUAACCAGUAUUAUUUGUUUAAAAAAGCUUUCAUCUCGAAGUAGCCAACCUAAAUUAGCCAAAACGAUAUUGCUUUAUUUUGCUCACAUAAUAAUACUGGAUACCCGAUGAAGUAUAUUGAUUCAGUCCUAGCACUGGAUCAAAAUUAAUUGAGUUCUUGGACUGGAUCAAAAUUAAUUCACCUCACUUUAAGUGGUGAUUUAUUCAUAUGAGAUGUCAUUUCAAAUCCUCUGCUUCGCCACAGGCUGAUCAAAUUGCGCGGACUUGAAAUCUAGUCCAGUUCUCGUAGUCGGAUUUGAAAUAUUACAUCACAUGCAGCUUUGAUAAACAUAGAGUGAUUUCAGUAACAGCAUAAAGUUUACUCAAGCGAUCUUUUAUGGUCCGGAAAUAAUUUUCGUGACACGAUUCAUCAGGUCGGGCUCAUAUGAAGUGCCCCUUAGUUAGGGAGGGGGAUUAAUACUUUUACAUUAAUCAAAACUAAACUUUAGUACAGAUGUUUUAUAUUUUAUGUAUCUAUAUAGAACCGGCGAAGGUCGUCGUUCAUCCCAAAGAUAUUUGGGUGGAAGUUGACAAAGAAGCUAGGCUAAGUUGCCGCGGAUCUGGAGACGAAACUAUCACAUACACAUGGUUCAAGAACGAUAAACGUAUACGAAGUUCUACGGGCGUGAUCGCUGACCAGCCAGACCUCGUGUUCAAUAACGCGAUUCCUGAAGAUGCAGAGAAGUAUCAUUGCGAGGUUCACAACUACCAGGAUACCCAACCUGACAGGUCUAGAACCGCUCGCAUCGAAGUUUACAGUAAGUUAGGAACUAAAAUAACAUAUAUUUUAUAUAUGCUGGAUAGCUCUAUCAGUUUUGAACUCUUCUCCCUAGAGGUCCAAAGAGACAUAUUUUAUUGACCCAGUGUUACUACAGGAGGAAACCUAAACUAAACUAACUUUAUUUAUACUGGAUAGCUUUAUCAGUUCUAAACUGUUCUCCCUAGAGGUCCAGAAAGGGUCAUCUCUUAUUGAUCCAGUGUUACUACAGGAGGAAACCUAAACUAAACUAACCUUAUUUAUACUGGAUAGCUCUAUCAGUUCUGAACUGUUUUCCCUAGAGGUCCAGAAAGGGUCAUCUCUUAUUGAUCCAGUGUUACCACAGGAGGAAACCUAAACUAAACUAACUUUAUUUAUACUGGAUAGCUUUAUCAGUUCUAAACUGUUCUUCGUAGAAGUCCAGAAAGGGUCAUCUCUUAUUGAUCCAUUGUUACUACAGGAGGAAACCUAAACUAAACUAACCUUAUUUAUACUGGAUAGCUCUAUCAGUUCUGAACUGUUUUCCCUAGAGGUCCAGAAAGGGUCAUCUCUUAUUUAUCCAGUGUUACUAUAAGAGGAAACCUAAACUAAACUAAACUGUUCUUCAUAGAGGUCCAGUAAGGAUCAUCUCUUAUUGAUCCAGUGUUACUACAGGAGGAAACCUAAACUAAACUAACUUUAUUUAUACUGGAUAGUCCUAUCAGUUCUGAACUGUUUUCCCUAUAGGUCCAGAAAGGGUCAUAUGACUCAUAUCUUAUUGAUCCAGUGUUACUACAAGACAAAUCCUAAAGCAGAAAUUAAAACCAGAGUGUCACCAAGACACUCCUGUAGACUUGUAAAUUUUAAACAGAUUUGAUGAUGCAUAUUUCAUUUUGUAAACUAUGUCGUCAAUCCAGGCAUGAUAAUCUAAAGUUUCGCUCAUUUUUAACUAGCUCCUGAUGCAGUGGUGGAUAUGGAACUGACUGUAAACAAACCACUACACAAGGAAUCCUGUCAGUACUUCAAUAUAACCAACAUUAAGGUAGGCUUAAAAAAGUAUAUGAAUUGUUUAAACUUUGAGGGAUUCAGCAUGAACAUUGAUACUUGUCAGCCCGAGAAAAUGCUUUUUGUAAUAGGCAAUGAAGCACAUUUUAAUGACAAUUUUGAUUGGUUAAGGAAACUGUCGAAAGUAUGAUAGAAGGUGAAAUGGCUGUGGUUGAAUUUGAGAAGCCUUCUCGGUUAUGUAAUUUAACGGCGUGCUCUUCCGAUCCUUGUUUCAACAAUGGUCGAUGUCAAGUUGACGGAUCCGAUUUUAUUUGUCAUUGUCCUCGAGAGUGGACUGGAAAACAAUGUCUGAUUGAUGUUGACGAAUGCAAGUCAGGUUGGUACCACUGCACUACCAAAUAUUUACGCAUAACUGGACUACUAUUUUCAACCAUGACUUUGUGUCGUUUUUAAUUUAUUCUAAUUUAUUCACUCACGUGUUCGUUUCCAUAGAUACCUGUAGUAACAAUGGUGUAUGCGUGAACAGAAAAGGAAGUUUCUCGUGUGAAUGUCGAAACUCAUCAACAAGUGGAAAACUCUGUCAGUUUAGAGAAAAAGUUUGCAACCCCAACCCAUGUCGUAAAGCAGACUGUUAUCCGAAAGAAGUGAAACAGCGUUACGAAUGUCUUGGUGACGUCAAGGCUGUUGCCAUGGUGUUCACACUGGAUGAUGCGAGAUUACCGUUUAAGAAUUGGAUGUUGUAUGACGUAGCUAAGGAAAUUGAGAAUGCGAUCAAUGAUGCAGCGGUAGUACAAACACGAGAAGGUAAAUAAUUAAAGUGCAUUGCGUUUAUUUUUAGUUUAUUACGAGUAAAAUCUUCACAUUGAGCAAAUAUGUUUCUAAAAAAAUAUAGAGGCUUUAAUCUAUCGUUUCACUUUUAGGUGGACGAAGUCGACGAGAUACUAUAAUAGUUGAUUAUAGCGACUGUUCAGUUCGUGUGAAGCAACACAAAUUAGUGCAAGACAAGCAACUUAACUUGCAGAUAAUACUUGUUUGUGCCCAGCCCCCGCAACAGAAAUAUGUGUGCGAUGCCAUGUUCAAGCAAGGUAUGGUGACGUCAUGUACAGAUGAGAGUGGUACACGGGAAGCGAAACCAAAAACUGAUCCACCAACCAUUAGCCCACAACGGUACGUAUUUUGAAUUACAAUCUUGACCGCUGAUUGGCCAAAACCUGUGUCCAAAAUCUCAGAUCAUCCAUAAAACCCAUUUCCACUCAAGGAAAAUUUCUACUGACAGAAAAUUUUCCAAAAAUAUCACUGUUUAAAGUUGAAAAUUUUCAACUUCAAAAUUUUUUCCGACGGAAAAUUUGUGUCGGCCAAUCACAUUUAACAAAAUUUUCUUUGUGCGGAAAAUUUUCCUAUUAAUUGGAAAUGGGCCUAACUGGAAAGUUUGAGGUCUGUCCUGUAGCAUUGUUUAAAAUGCAAAAUAUGUUUAUUUUUUAGUGUAACUUUGGCGUUUAUUGUUCGCAAACCAAACGGGAAAGACAAAGAGGCGUCUGAGACAAUCAAUGUGUUGAGGGAAAGAAAUAUUGAGGAGGAAUUAGGGAAACACAAAAUGUUUGAUAUCACUUUGGAAGGUAGCUAUUUAAAAUUUAGGAAAUAUGCUAGUAAAAGAAUGUUCUGCCUGAAAGUUUGAAAACAGAAGGCUGCAUUAACACACUGAGCUGAUAAUUUGAGAUGUCAUAUGUAAUAAACAUUUAUUAUGGGGUAUAAAAUACUCGAAAAGUAUGUUAAAAAAGAGGCAAUGGCAGAGUGUUUUCAAAUACUUUGACGUGUUUUAUACGCUGGUAAUAAACAGCUUUCGAGUUUGUUAUAUUUAGGGACGCCGGAACGAUAAAAAGGCAAAGGGGGGCAAACGCACACCAAAGGGCACCUCUAUAGACCCCGGUGAAGAUAUAAACUUACAAUAAUGUGUUGACUUGCCAAUGAAAGCAAACGCACUUAAUCAGGUCACAUUCAAGAUCACACCUCAUGAUUUUGCCCAAAAAGCAUCACUGGAAAUGUGAUUUAUCGGGUAGUAUUUUACAACUGAAAGGGCACUUCUGCCCCCCUUGCCCCUCCUAGCAAAAGGCAAGAGGGGCAGCUGCCCCUCCUGCCCCCCAGUUCCGUCGUCCCUGGUUAUAUUACCUCUCAAACGGACUUGUAUUUAAAGAGAAAUUGAAGGUAUCGAGACAACGACACAGUGCUGCUUUUUGUUUUUGCUCAUGCAUUAUUAAAUUUGAGAAUUUUUGGUUAAACUGACUCACUUUGUUUCAUUUAAUUUUAGCACGUUCCCUUAAAAAUGCCAAAUCAGGUAUGUUACUGAUUUGUUUGUUUGUUUAUUUGUUUAAUAUUUCAUCGCUGAAUCUCUCUGCAUCAAAUACUAACUGUCUUCUAUUUUGAUUUUCCUCAGGAGAAAGCGAUUCUGGUCUCUCGUCAGGUGUUAUCAUUGGAGUCGUUAUUGGUUGCAUUGUUCUCAUUAUUCUCAUUAUUCUCGCCAUCGUAAUUGCUUUGCUUGUCACUAGGUAUGUGAACUCUAUAUGUUACUGAAAUAUUAUUUUCAUAUCAAACCACCGAUCACAAUCAAUCACAUGUUCAACCAAUCAAUUCGACAAAGUUGUUCUGUAUCAAUCAAGGCAACUUUAGACUCAAUCAAAAUGGAAAUCAAACCUUUAAUUAAUUCAUUUAUUAAUAGCGCUACCAUUAAUAGACUGUACGAUUAAUUAAUUAACCGUUGAUUCCGCCUGUUUUUAUUGAGCAAAAUGAUUAACCACAUUAAUUACACAUGUCGGUAUGCGAGCAAGAUGGCAAUCAGCGCGACUAUUAAUUGUGAUUAAUGAAAUAUCGAUUAAUGAACCGUUGAUUUCGUCUGCACUUAAUGAGGCAAAUGAUUGACAAGUUUGAUUACACGUAUGGAUUGUAAUGAAGACAUAUUUUUAAACUCGAUGACUUUGAAACACAGGCAACGUGGAGGUAAAGAAUUUAGUAUUGGAGGCCGAGCAAUGCUAUCUCGUAGCCAGAGCACCGAUGCCAUACUAUCACGUGACAUUAAUCUCCGAGAAUUGGAGAACGCCGAAGCCAGAGGAGUGAAUAACAAGACUUUCUCGGAAAUCUACGAAGAAAACAAUGGUAAUCCGAGUGAUCUCGAAAAUGGAGCGUUUAUGGUGGAAAAUCCUCAACAGGCGUUGAAGAAACAUGAUCAGGAAUAUAUGAAACAGGUGAGAGCAUGGGAGGUCCAUUAGAGCCAAUGCUUAUUUGUCAGCAUUAUCUGGCCAUGGCCAUGGUUAACUUACGCCCGUAUUCUAAAAGUUCACUCGCACUCAAUGAGUGGAAGUUCAACAUGAGCUUCUCUUGAGUGUCAAUAGCUGGGGGAUUAGUGUCGUACCUUACUAUAUGACUAAUCACCCUCCAGCUAUUCAAAAACAGCAUUGACACUCAAGUCUCAAGAGAAGCUCAUAUUGAACCUCCACUCAUUGAGUGUGAGUGAGCUUUUAGAAUACGGGCGUUAGAGAUGGAAUUUUCGAACAAAGAUUUUUAUUUCAGACCUAAUCGGGAGCAGGUGCGAAAAAAAUGCAACUUUAGGCGCUCUGGAAGGAAUUAGGCGCUUCAUAACUGAACUCAUUUGGACUGUAGCUCAGUUGGUUAGAGCACUGCACCGGAAUCGCAGGGUCGCAGUAUCGACUCUUGCUGCUCGAUUAUUCCUAAAAUUGUAUAUAUUAAUAAAUCUUUAUUCGGAAAUUCCAUCAACAAAUACCCCAUCUCAAUUCAAUUUUUCUCUCUCAAUAUUUUGAAGCCGUUUUUACAUAAGAUGCCAAAAAAUCUUCAUAAUUAACUUGCACACUUAAGUCUCAUACGGUAUAUAAAUAAGUGAUUUCACAAUAUCUAUAAUCUUUGAAAUAGCGAAACAGAUUUAGCCCUUCCUUUUUUCGACUUGUGUUUUGUUUUCCUCUUUCUCAAUUUAUAUGCUUGUAAAUAGUUCUACUUAUUUUAGAUAUUUUAGUAAUUGUGUGACACCCCUCGUGGAAAUCAGCUGCAUGUAUAUAGUUGUUCGAGGCUAGCGGGUUUAAAUAAAGUUUUGCAUUACAUUACAACUGUAAAUGAAUUUUGCGCUUCCAUUCUCCUAGCUCGAUUCCUGUCCUUGGUUCCACGGUUCAAUCUCCCGCUCCAAGGCUGAAGACUUGCUGGAUGCUAACGAUAACGAAGGGACAUUCCUGGUUCGCUCGGGAUUGGAUAUGGGAGAAUUCUACAUCAGCGUACGAACCCCGAAUGCUGAACCCAAAUUCCGACACAUUUCCGUCAACCGCCGAAAUGAAAACUUCGUUGCUGUAUGCGGUUCCGAACCACGAAACUUUACGACCUUCGACGAACUUGUCGAGUAUCUCCGAGAAAAUCCGACACAAAUGGAAGGCAUUAGCGAAGAUGUGAUUUUGAAGGGGCAUAUCGCUAAGUAG